CUUGCAAAGUCACUUUAGACUGUUGUUUAUUGGCGGGUUUUACGCAUUAUUUAUGCAGUUGCGCUGCAAUGGAUGUGACCUACGACGAGGAUGAUCGUCUUACUAUUAUGCCUUUAGGUGCAGGUCAGGAGGUAGGAAGAUCAUGUAUCCUUCUUACCUUUAAAGGGAAAAAGAUUAUACUGGAUUGUGGAAUUCAUCCAGGCCUCCGUAAUAAAGAAAGCCUUCCGUUUAUUGAUUCUAUUCCUGACAUACAUUCAACCGAUCUUGUACUUAUUAGCCACUUUCAUUUAGAUCAUUGUGGUGCUCUUCCAUAUCUUUUGCUUAAAACUGGGGUUAGAGCUAAAUGCUAUAUGACUCACGCUUCUAAGGCAAUUUAUCGGUACUUGUUAGCCGAUUAUGUGCGUAUAAGCAAUUGCGGUGUUUCCGCCGAACAUUCUUUGUAUACGGAACGCGACAUCGUCACUAGUUUAGAAUGGAUUGAUACAAUUGAUUUCCACCAAGAAUUGGAAGUGAAUGGAAUCAAGUUUUCAGCUUACCAUGCUGGUCAUGUAUUAGGUGCUGCCAUGUUUCUUAUUGAGAUAGCUGGUGUCAAGGUUUUAUAUACGGGCGACUUUAGUCGACAAGAAGACAGACAUUUAAUGUGUGCAGAAGUUCCUCCUAUUCGACCGGAUGUACUUAUCACAGAAUCUACUUACGGCAUUCAUAUUCAUGACAAAAGAGAAGACAGGGAGGCGCGGUUCACUCAACUCGUUCAUGAUAUUGUAACUAGAGGUGGUCGGUGUCUUAUUCCUGCAUUUGCCUUGGGUCGUGCGCAAGAGCUAAUGCUGAUUUUGGAUGAAUAUUGGUCUAAUCACCCUGAGCUUCAUGACAUUCCUAUUUACUACGCUAGUCAACUCGCCAGAAAGUGUAUGGCAGUUUAUCAAACAUAUAUUAAUGCAAUGAAUGCCAAAAUUCGGAACCAAUUAGUCAAUAAUAAUCCAUUCUGCUUCCGAUAUAUUUCGAACUUGAAGGUAAAUUAA